AGCACAGCGGAGUAGAGUAGCCUCCAACUUAACCUAACAUAGCAGGCGUAAAAAGAGCCUCCAAUGAGAUGGCUGGGAUAACAGAGUGCGUGUAGUGUCCAGGAAAUACCUCACGAAUUGGGCAGGGACUUGGCCGGGGAGUGUGUUAUUGGAAAAGCUGACAAGGGGGCUGCCUGGAGUCUGUCAGAGGAGGCCUCAUGCAACUUUUUAAGAGGAGCUCAAUCUCCUUUUAUCUGCCUGACACUCCCUGACUUAGUGAGAGCUCACUGAGAGCCCUGAGAGAGAAAGAGAGAGAGAUAUAGGAGAAGGAGAGCAAGACAGAGGGAGAGAUGACCCAAGAACAGUGCACUCAUAGGAACAAUGUCCAGAGCUCAGAGAAACCACACGUGUACAAAGUGGGAAUUUACGGCUGGCGGAAACGUUGCCUUUACUUCUUUGUGCUCCUGUUAAUGAUCCUGAUCCUGGUCAACCUCGCUUUAACCAUCUGGAUAGUAAAGGUCAUGAAUUUCACCAUAGAUGGUAUGGGCAAUUUAAGAAUAACAGAGAAGGGUCUGAAAUUGGAGGGGGACUCUGAGUUUCUCCAACCUCUGUAUGCCAAAGAAAUUCAGUCCAGACCAGGCAGCCCACUGUUCCUGCAAUCCUCCAAAAAUGUGUCCGUCAAUAUCCUAAAUGGAAAGAAUCAGCUGGUCACACAACUUAUUGCAGGAUCCAGUGGAGUGCGUGCACAAGGGAAGAUGUUGGAGGUGAAAUCCAGCACCGGGAAGCUACUGUUCUCUGCUGAUGACCAGGAGGUGGUGGUGGGAGCAGAGAGGCUACGGGUGACGGGUGCCGAGGGAGCCGUAUUCACCAACUCUGUGGAGACGCCACACGUCAGGGCCGAGCCCUUCAAAGAGCUACGCCUGGAGUCUCCCACUCGGUCUCUGUACAUGGAAGCCCCUAAAGGAAUCCAGAUCCUAGCAGAGGCAGGGGACAUCCAGGCCACAUGUAGAAGUGACCUACGCCUAGAGUCCAAAGACGGAGAGAUCACUCUGGACGCGCGGAGGAUCAGGCUGCUGCGUCUGCCUGAGGGCAAGGCCUCUCCCUCGGGGACCACUACCAGACAGACUGUCUAUGAGGUGUGUGUCUGUCCCAACGGGAAACUCUUCCUAUCACAGGCCGGGACAGGCUCCACCUGCCAGAUCAGCAACAAUGUCUGCCUCUAGAACACACACAUGCACACACUAACACUGAAACACA